CUAGAGGAAAACGGCGAGUUUGUGAAAGUUUCAUGGCACGGGGUGCCGGGGAAGAACGGAACCAUGUACUGGAUUGGCAUGUACAACGUCGAUGAUGACGUCACGGUCGUUGCUCCGAUCAAAUAUCAGUCGGUCGGCGGACGAUACAAGGGCACGAUCACUUUCCAGGUGGUGAACCCCAGGAAAGACACCAUCUUCUACCUCUUUCAGAAUGACAUCACCUCAGCAGUGCUGGUCUCCAAGUCCAACGUCGUCAAGUUCAAGAACCCGAACAUGCCGACAGGAGGGAGGCUGGCCUACACCAGCAAACAGGACGAGAUGCUCGUCAGUUGGACGGCGAACUCCGUCGGAGGAGACUCCAUGAUGGUGCAGUGGGGGAGAACGCAGGACGUCCUCAACAUGCAGGCGGCUGUUCAAGUGCGGACGACCUACACUCGCGAAGACAUGUGUGGAGGAGACGCAGCGGGGAAGGGCUUCCGUGACCCAGGGAUGUUCUAUUCGGCACUGAUGAAGGGGCUGGAGGGCGGAGAGGAAAUCUUCUACCGUGUCGGGAGUGAGGCCAGUGGCUUCAGCAAGGUGCAAUCGUUCAAGAUGCCGGGGCCGGGAAGCUCCUCCAAGAUCUCCUUUUUUGCUUUCGGGGACCUGGGGAUGCAUGCCCCGGACGAGAGUGUGCAGUACUCUGACUCGUUCCCGUCCUUGAACACGACGGAAGCCAUGUACAGCGACAUGGCAGCGGACCCAUCCGUGGCGUUCGUCCUCCACAUUGGCGACAUCUCGUACGCUAGAGGGUUUGCAUCGGUAUGGGAUCAGUUCCACAAGCAGAUAGAGGACAUCAGCUCCAGGAUCCCGUGGAUGGUUGGGAUUGGGAACCAUGAGAGGGACUGGCCCGGCACUGGAUCCUACGGCCGGACCGACUCUGAAGGGGAGUGUGGGGUUCCCUUCGAACUGCGCUUUCCCAUGCCGUACUUCGGGAACAGCUCAGCACCCAAGAAGGCGCUAGACAAGCCAUGGUACAGCUUCGAGCGAGGGCCUGUCCACGUUGUCGUGCUCUCGUCAGAGCACGAGUACAAGAUGCAGACGGCGUGGCUGCUGGCAGAUCUCAAGUCCGUGGACCGGAAAGUCACUCCAUGGAUCGUCGUCUCUGCGCAUCGCCCAAUGUACAUCAGCAGCACAAACUGGGACGAGCCCGACGGGGAUCACGUCCUGGGAGAUCGGAUGAUCGAGGAGUGGGAGGAGAUCUUCAUGGAAUUCCAGGUGAAUGUCGUCCUCACCGCCCACCAUCACAGCUACCAGCGUUCUUGCCCAGUCUAUAAGGGUAAGUGUGUUAGGCCUGCGGGCCCCGGCGUGUACGCUGCUCCGAUCUACAUGAUCAUCGGCAUGGGAGGCUUUGCGAGCUGCUACAACAUCCAGGAGCCGCAGCCAGAGAUCUUCGAGGUGGUGGAUGCGAUCAACCAUGGCUACAUCAAGGUCGUGGCGGACCUCGACUCCUUCAGGGUCGACUAUGUGCACGGAGACGAUCGGGCCGUGCACGACUCGUUCACGUUGCAGUUCCCUCGAUCAAUCCUGAAGGAACAGCCCGGGGAGAAGGUGAUGUCUUCAAGGGUGAAGAGGGUAAGGGAGGCGAUGAACAGGCGGAGGAUGUACAACGAUGCAAAGACGAGACUGAAGAGGAAGUUCGCGGCCGACGAUCAUGUCGUAGAGUGAGCACUGGAGAUUUUUGGUUGACUUUUCAUAGUCAGUUAAGCAUUUACUUUGUUUAUAAUUAGUUCCGUUGCUCCAGC